UUGGCCGUUCAUCUGUUUCUUCUUCCAGAACCCUCUUAAUAACGGCGUUCCCAAUCUUGCUUAUGCUCAAAAAGCAUAGUCUUAAAACCAAAAUGUUUUUUACCAUUUCCUUUUUUUUUUUUUCCCUUUUUCUUUUUUUUUUUUAAAGAGCAGCUUCCAGAAGUUAUAAGGAGUCUGGAAGGGAAAACAAACUGCCUUCCUCGACUCCCCCAAGACUAGCCACUUUAGAAAAUGUCCUCUCUUCCCUAAAACCCGCCCCCACAUAGGCAGGGUUUUUCUUUUGGGCAAACCUGCUGCUUGGGAAGGGAAAGGAAGGGAGGUGGCAAAACCUGUUUGAAGGUGAGGUUACCUCCCUUCCAUACUUCCCUCCCCCUUGGAGGCGAGAGCAACAACAGUGAGACAGAGAAAAAGAACACAGAAGUGCUGGGGACCUGGGACAACCAGCUCCCAGAAAGCUGCAAGUGUUUAAGGGAGACAGGAAGACAUGUGAAGAUGGGAACCACGCAAGAAGCGGGAGAAAAGACGUUAGACCUUGGGGCCAGGGAGAAUGCUGAAGCAGUGGGGCCAGCCGCAUCCCUGAGACUUGGGGGACUGGAGCUGAAGGAGGAAUGGCAGGACGAAGAAUUCCCCAGGUUUCUUCCUGAAGAAGUGGACCCUUCUGAAGAUCCUGACGAUCCUGAGAGAGACUCACAGACAGGUACUCCCAGCACUUUAGCUUUGUGUGGCCUACGUCCCAUGCGUAAGCGUCUUUCUGCCCCAGAGCUGCGACUGAAUCUGACUAAGGGGACUGGAGGCGACGGAACUUCUCCCACGUGCUCCGAACCUUCCUCUCCUGAUGGCAGUUCUGACCUGGACGUAGAUGAAGUGGAGACCCCAUCAGACUCAGAGCAGCUGGACAGUGGGCAUGAAUUUGAAUGGGAAGAUGACCUGCCCCGGGCAGAGGGUCUGGGGGCCAGUGAGGCAGCAGAAACGCUGGGCCGGGGUUGUGUGUGGGAUGUGGUUGGAGAAGACGGCCGUCACUGGAGGGUGUUCCGGACAGGACAGCGGGAGCAGCGAGUGGACAUGACUGUCAUUGAGCUCUACAAGAAAGCCCUCUCUCAUGGUGGUUACCAUGGUGAUGGCCUCAACGCUGUUAUUGUCUUCACUUCCUGUUACCUACCGAGCAGCAGCAUCCCCAACUAUCCUUAUGUCAUGGAGCACUUGUUCAGGUAUAUGGUGGGAACUCUGGAGCUGCUGGUCGCUGAAAAUUAUCUGCUUGUUCACUUGAGUGGAGGCACAAGUAGGGCCCAGGUCCCACCUCUGGGCUGGAUGCGCCAGUGUUACCACACUCUGGACCGGCGGCUCCGGAAAAACCUGCGCGCCCUGGUGGUUGUCCACGCCACCUGGUACGUGAAGGCAUUCCUGGCACUGCUUCGGCCCUUCAUCAGUUCCAAGUUCACACGAAAGAUCCGUUUUCUGAACAGCCUGGGAGAGCUGGCCCAGCUCAUCUCCUUGGAUCAGGUUCACAUCCCUGAAGCUGUCAGACAGCUGGACCGGGAUCUCCAUGGCUCAGGAGGGACCUAGAGGAAGACAGGAACCAAGGGCCUUAGAACCAAGCAAAGCUUGAUCUGCCUAUGCCCUAACCCUGAAACAUCUGGGCUGUUCCCUCAACCAUCUCAUCCUCAAC